AUGGAGUUCUGGUUGCCAGUUGUGGGUGGAAGGGUCACCCCGUUGGUGACACUCAUGGAGUUCAAGGCUGUCCAAGUAGCCAUUGCUUCUCUGUUGGCCUUGUACAAGGGCAAGAAGGAGAAACCAAGAUCGCAAGUUCCUUUUCUCCGCAGCCACCGCCGCGACCAGAAGUGGCACGACAAGCAGUACAAGAAGGCCCACCUGGGCACGGCGCUGAAGGCCAACCCCUUCGGGGGCGCCUCCCACGCCAAGGGCAUCGUCCUGGAGAAAGUUGGAGUAGAAGCUAAACAGCCCAACUCUGCCAUCAGGAAAUGUGUUAGAGUCCAGCUGAUUAAGAACGGCAAAAAAAUAACAGCUUUUGUUCCCAAUGAUGGCUGCCUGAACUUCAUUGAGGAAAACGAUGAAGUCCUGGUUGCUGGUUUCGGCCGGAAGGGUCACGCUGUUGGUGACAUUCCUGGAGUUCGCUUCAAGGUUGUCAAAGUAGCCAAUGUUUCUCUGUUGGCCUUGUACAAGGGCAAGAAGGAGAGACCAAGAUCAUAAAUUUAGAUCAGUUUGCCAAGGUCAAUAAAAUUUUUGAUUGAAAAAACUUC